AUGGCUUCUCCAAGGCGUUCGUGGUCGUUGUCUCUGCUGCCACCGGAGAUAAUACAUGAAAUCUUUUACAAGACUCCCGCGGAAGCUCUCGUCCGAUCAAAGCCAACGUGCAAGAAACUAGAUGAUGAAGAAGAAGAAGAGGAUGAAGAAGAGUUCAUUCGUUGUUUCGAUUUCUCGGAUGAAACAUUUAAGGAUAUAUGUUUCUGUCCUCCUUCUUAUGAUAAUAGUCACUUAUCGUCUUUCAAUGGAGAUAGCUUGUCUUUGCUACAACAAGAGCAAGUAUCAAGAACCAUUGAGGUGUGGGUUUCAAGUAAGUUGGGUGAUGGUGAUGUCUCGUUUAGCAAGUAUUUCAGUUUGUCCGGUCCUGAUCUUCCGGCGUUACGGCUCCAUGAUAAUGCGGCUUAUGCUGUUUAUUGCUUUGUCAAGACUAAGAGUGUCAUCGCAUGGUGCGUGGGAGUUGAAGGAGAAGGUGAUAAGGUUUGUCGUUGCCUUACUCUGUAUGAGAUUGAUGAGGAUGGGGUGAGAAAUGAAAAGGUGACAGAGCGUGACUACAUGCAUGACUAUUCUGGCUCCUUCGUUUGUGGCUAUGUGUACGUUCCAAGUAUGAUCCCACUUCCAUGGGUAAGAGAUUAG